AUGGACCUGUUGCAGAAACCACAGCUUAUCACUCACGCUCACAAGUCGCUGAAUUUCACGCUUUACGACACGCGGUGGAUACCUCACAGUGCCAGGUUUGUUGUGCUUGGUUCUCAUCCUCGUGGAACGGGAGCUCUACAGAUCUACGAACUAACACGAGGAGAUGCGAACAUUUUGAAAGAAGCUGAAAAACGGUCGCCAUUCAAAUGCGGCACAUUUGGCGCGGGAACUAUUCAAGAACGUCAUCUAGCAACGGGAGAUUUUGCUGGUCACAUGAUGGUGUGGGACUUGGAGAAAGUGGAUAUGCCAGUGUAUUCUGUGAAGAGUCAUUCAGAGAUUGUGAAUUCAAUUGACGGAUGUGGAGGGUUGGGGAUUGGAGGAGGAGCACCGGAAAUAGUGACAGGAAGCAGAGAUGGAUCAGUGAAAGUAUGGGAUGUCAGACAGAAAGACGAUCCAGUUGCUUGCAUGGAACCAGCAGAAGGCGAACAGCGAAGAGACUGUUGGACAGUAGCAUUUGGAAAUUCAUAUAACAAUUCUGAGCGUUGUGUUGCUGCUGGCUAUGAUAACGGAGACAUCAAGAUGUUUGAUCUUCGCACAAUGUCCCUACGAUGGGAGGAGAAUGUCAAGAAUGGAGUAUGUUCUCUUGAGUUUGAUCGUAAAGACAUUCGUAUGAACAAACUAGUUGCCACGUCAUUGGGCGCCAAGUUUUAUGUAUUUGACACUCGAACUCAACAUCCGAAGAAAGGCUUCCCAUGUCUUACAGAAAAGGCUCAUAAAUCAACUAUUUGGUGUGUCAGACAUCUUCCUCAAAAUAGAGACAUUUUCAUGACAACAGGAGGAAAUGGGACACUCAAUCUAUGGAAAUAUUCGUAUCCUGAAAAGAGAGUGAAAACGGACGGCGAUGGAGUGUCAGAGGGUGUCGUUGGUUCUCUUGACAUGCUGCAGAACGCGACGAUCACUACACAACCAAUCAGCAGCUUUGAUUGGAAUGCAGACAAAGAGGGAUUGUGUGUGUUCACAUCGUUUGAUCAAUGCUUCAGAGUUCUGAUCGCUACGAAACUCAACAUUGUAUAGACCGACUGUUGGCUUGGCUAGUGAUAGCCAGAGAGUCGUUUUGUAAUAAUAGUACAGUCAAUAGUUUGGUGAGACGUCACAUUGCAUGCUACACAAUAUCAAAUGUAGAUUUUGCAUUAGCUUGUAUGUCUAUAUCUAAUG